GGGUAUUCUCUCUCAGUUCCUCCUCUCCUCUCUCAGGGCAGGUUUGAGCUGGGUAUUCUCGUUCAGUUCCCCUUCUCCUCGGCUCUGCAGAGGGCGAGUGUCGUGACUAGAAGGCUGGGGGAGAAGCGGCUCCACGCCUACAUGAAGGGGGCGCCAGAGACAGUGUCCCGACUGUGCAAGAGAGAGACAGUCCCGGCUGAUUUCUCGGAGGUGCUGGAUAGCUACACUCGGCGGGGCCUCCGUGUGAUCGCCUUGGCUCACCAGCGGCUGGCCAGCCGUUUCAUGUGGCACCGCGUGCAGAGCUGCGGCCGGGAGGCGGUGGAGAGCGGCAUGGACUUCCUGGGGCUCGUGCUGCUGCAGAACAAGCUGAAGCCACAGACCCUGCCGGUCCUGGCAGCGCUGCGCAGAGCCGGGAUCCGCACUGUCAUGGUCACAGGUGACAGCAUGCUCACUGCCGUCUCCGUGGCGAUGGAGUGUGGGAUGGUCCCCCCUCAGGGCAGGGUGAUCAUCACUGAGGCCACGCCCCCCCGUGAGGGACAGCCAGCCACCAUCCACUGGAUCCACGGAGAGAAGAGGGGGGAGGAGAGUGUGAUUGUGGAAGGGGAGGGCGAGGGGGAGGGCUCCAGCUAUCACUUUGCAAUGAGCGGGAAAUCCUUCUCUGUCAUUAGCGACCACUUCCCAGACCUGCUGCCCAAGUUGUUGCUCUGUGGUACAGUAUUUGCUCGCAUGGCUCCUGAUCAGAAGACACAGCUGGUGGAGUCGCUGCAGAAAGUGGACUACUACGUGGGCAUGUGUGGGGAUGGAGCCAACGACUGCGGGGCUCUGAAGCGUGCUCAUGCAGGAAUCUCCCUCUCGGAGCUCGAAGCCUCCAUCGCCUCCCCCUUCACCUCCAGGACCCCCGACAUCUCCUGCAUUCCCCACCUCAUCAGGGAGGGCCGGGCUGCGCUGGUCACUUCGUUCUGUGUGUUCAAGUUCAUGGCUCUGUACAGCAUCAUCCAGUACCUGAGUGUGCUACUGCUGUACUCUAUCCUCAGUAAUCUGGGAGAUGUUCAGUAUCUCUUCAUUGACGUGGUGAUCAUCAUGUCUGCAGCCUUUACCAUGAGUUUGAACACUUCCUGGAAGGAACUUGUCCCUCAGAGGCCACCGUCCAGCCUCAUCUCCGCCCAGCUCCUUGUCUCCGUGGCAACGCAGAUCCUACUCACCCUGGGCUUCCAGGUCGGGGCUUUCCUAUUGGUCAGGAGCCAGCCCUGGUACAGCCAAUGGGAGCCAGGCAUGGAUGCCUGUAACCCCGCCCCCCUGAACGGCAGCCUGGCUGGUGAUUGGCCGGGCGAGAAUUCCUCCUCCUCCUCUGCGGCGCAUCACAAUGGGACAGGGCAGGAAGGGGAGGAGCCUGACGAGCACAACGUGAGGAACUUUGAGAACACGACGCUGUUCUUCAUCUCCUCCUGCCAGUACCUGACAGCGGCCCUCGUCUUCUCAAAGGGGAGGCCCUUCCGACAGCCCAUCUACACCAACUGCCUGUUCCUCGCCUCAGUCCUCACUGUGUACAGCUUCCUGAUGCUCAUCCUGUUCCACCCCCUGCAGGCUGUCCAUGAGUUCUUCAUGCUGGUGUGCGUUCCCUUUGAGUGGAGAGUCACUCUGCUGUUUCUCAUCACAGCCAACCUCCUGCUGGCGUUCUUACUGGAGAGCGUGAUCGAUUGUGAUCAGCUGUGGGUCAGACUCUUCUCUGCUAAAAAAGAACAUGAAUUCACAAAGAACCCCAACUCCACUCAACUGGAGCUGGGAGAUGCAUCCUCAUCGUACAGCCGGUGCCUGUGUUGCCGUGGUAACCACGCCCCCAAAGCGAAGUACCAACGCCUGGCACAGGAGCUGCUGCAGGACCCAGACUGGCCACCACAGCCCCAGAGCAGCACCAAGGCCAAACCCCACUCCUCCCUCCACAGUGGUACGCUCCGGGGCUGGGAUCCAGAGACCACUCCCCUGUGACUGAACCAUUGCGCUGGGAGAGAAAGGGGGGAGGAGAGCACAGGCCACUGAAACUACAUGUUAUUAUUGAACUUGAUCAAUGCAGCGACUAACUUUUCCACCAGAAGCCUCCUCCAGCGUCUUGAAACGUCUCCUCGGAUCCUCCACGCUUCUCCCAGCGUCCCUGUCGGAUUUGUGAUGAAACUGGCCGAGGAUCUUCUCGCAGCACCAGUUCUGUGUUCGGAACCUGGAGGCUGUCCGUCUGUCCGUCUGUCUGUCUGCCCGUAUUACAAGAUUAAAUCAAAUAAAAAAAUACUUUCCAUAAAUGAUAUUUAUUUAUUAGGACUUUGAAAAGGUGUGUAUAUAUAUUUGUCGUUAAGAUCUAGUUAUUUUUAUUAACAGGGAAGGGGUUUAGAUGUGUGAUUGAAAUUCUGUAUCUCUUAAUAUAUCAAGAAGACAGUGUGUCUGUCUGUCUGUCUGUCUUUUCCUUUCUGCACCCACACCCCGCCCGGCUCCUCUUUCACCCAGGGGAGGGUCCAGGCAGUGUUUGGAAACAGAAUUCUGACCCCCCCCCCAGGGGUACUUUGUUUAGUGACCCCAUCGCUGGAUCACUACAGUAACCGUGCUUCUCAAACUAAACAAACCCACAAAACCAAAAAAUAUAAAGAACAAAAAACAAAAAAUAAACAGGAAGUUUAAAAAACGAGAGGGUGCCGUUCCCCGGUUUAUCCUGCAUGAAAUGCUGACUUUCCCCUGGGCAAGGCCGGGCACUUCAUACUGGAUAUUGAUAGAGAUUUACAGAUAGAUAGAGAUAUAGAAUUAUUAAUGGGAAGAACUGCUGUGUAGCAAAAUGUAU